UAGUAUUUUCCAUUUUGCUGUGUAUACUUCUUCCUCCCUCAAACGUGCUCUGCAACAUUGACGGUUUUAUUAGGAAGUCCAUGGCUUCUCCUGCUCAUUUCGAUGAGGACUUUGAUUUCGGAGGCGAAUUUGGCGGAAGGCAUUCAGGUGAUAAGAGGCCAUCUCCUGAUUAUGAUGAUGAAGAUUAUGACAAUGAUCCUUUUGCGCCAAAGAAGAUCAAAUCAAAAGCUGAAGAAGCUGCCUCUGGUGUAACAACAGGAAUGAUUUUGUCACUUCGCGAGAGUCUUCAGAACUGUAAGGAUACACUUGAAACAUGCCAAAAUGAACUUGAGGCUGCAAAAUCUGAGAUUCAGGGUUGGCAUUCUUCACUUGAAAAUGAAUCUUGUGUACGUGCUGGGAUCACUCCAGAGCCCAAAAUGUUGAUUAAUUAUCUUCAGGCCCUGAAAUCCUCUGAAGAGUCUUUAAGAGAGCAGCUUGAAAAAGCAAAGAAAAAGGAAGCUGCAUUCAUUGUAACUUUUGCAAAAAGGGAACAAGAGAUAGCAGAGUUGAAGUCUGCUGUGCGGGAUUUGAAAGCACAACUCAAGCCGCCAUCAAUGCAGGCAAGGAGGUUGUUACUAGAUCCGGCUGUUCACGAGGAGUUCACACGUUUAAAGAAUUUAGUUGAGGAAAAGGACAAAAAAGUAAAGGAGUUGCAAGAAAACAUUGCUGCUGUAAGUUUUACUCCCCAAAGCAAGAUGGGGAAGAUGCUGAUGGCUAAAUGUAGAACCUUACAGGAGGAAAAUGAGGAGAUUGGAAAUCAAGCCUCUGAGGGGAAGAUACAUGAAUUAACAAUGAAACUUGCAUUACAGAAGUCCCAGAAUGUCCAACUCAGAAAUCAAUUUGAAGGGUUGCAGAAGCACAUGGAAGGACUGACUAACGAUGUGGAAAGAUCCAAUGAAAUGGUUCUUAUGUUGCAAGAUAAAUUAGAAGAGAAGGAUCGGGAGAUCGAAAGACUCAAACAUGAGCUACAGACGCCAAAAAAGUUCAGAGAGGAUGAACGGUCAGAUGCACCGUUUAAUAGUAAUGACAGGGAUGAAGUGAUACCUGGGGAAGCUGCCAACUUAUUGUAGAAAACAUUCAAA